CUUCACAACGUCUCUGAAGAGAGAAAGUGGCCAACCAUCUCGUAUCUCAGUUGUGCUCGCGUUGGCGAUCCGUGUGUAUGAAGUGUGGUUAGGAGUCAACGAUUUUCAAAAAUAUUUUCACCUUUCUACUGAUUCAGUAGGUCAAGGAUUUCGAUAACAGUUGUGUGUGAUUUUGAAUAAUCUUUCACAUGUUUUUUUGAAAUCUGCAAUCGAUACAAAAUAAAAUGGACUCGGCUGCAAUAACAGUGUGUUUCACUUUCUUGAGCUCGAAGAAAAGCAUACAUAAAUGUUGCUUGGCGCGUGAUCGUUGGCAAGCCAUACCAGAUGUGGAGGGGAGAUGUAUUGUUGGGAUUCUGCACUUGCGAAUGAAGUAAUAGCCAUGACAUGAUUUUAAGAUUUUUAUGAUAAGUGGAUUCUUCUGGCUUCUUGAAUUCAAGGGUGGAUCGUAGCGAUGUUCGGAAUUUUCAGGUAUGAAUGAAGUAAAGUGACAACACAGGGUCGCCAACUUGAGCUUCAUCAACAGAGACCAUGUCUUUCGUUACAGAAUCUCUCCUCAUUCCUAAUGGGAAUGGCGUGAUGGAGUUUCUUCCUUCCGAAAUGGCGCCACAAAGGAAAACUCGGUACUUACCUUGCAAUUGCUGUCCUUAUGGCUACCACAUCGACUUGGACUUCGUGAGAUACUGCGAAGCCUUGUCUCAGGGCAGCGAACUGUCAGCCAGCAAACAAAGACGUCGAGAAAGACGACGCCAGCGCCAGUCUAUGGAAGUCCUUCUGGGUCUCACGAGUCCAACAGUAUGGAAUCUGGAACAGCAACUGCCAAAGGUGCCGACUGAACUUCCUGCGUCGUCCGCAUUACCGGAUCCUGCCUUCACUAAUGAUAUGGUUCGCGACGCCCUGCACAAAGCCGUUUUGGAUUUUGAAGAAGCCUACCAGCGAUCACAUCCCAGACCAAGCACCUACGCGGCCUUUCAUACAGACAGCCUACGGCAAGGCUCAGCUCUGGAAACUGCAGGGACCGGUACAAUGCGACGUACCGAGUCAGUUUCGUCAGUGUCCAGCAUGUCUGUGGCUUCCACUUCAGUGGCGCCCGGACAGAAUGGCGUUGAUCAACCCGUCUCUAAUCACAGCGCAACUCACGACGAAGCGGGCAUUCUGCAGGACUUCGACGUCGCCAGUGUUGGAAGUGCAACGUCUGGACUUAGUACAGGUACUCUUCAGAAUAUCCGAGAACAAGUGGCCAUUAGCCUGGAGAGAAUGAAGGAACUGGAAGAACAAGUGAAACUGAUUCCAGUACUCCAGGUACAGUUGUCUGUUCUGAAAGAGGAGAAACGGAAGAUGAUGUUACAGCUUCGACUUGAAGAAGCUGAAAGGAACAAGAGAAAUAUUGCCAACGAUUCUUCAGCAGUUGAUGGGCCUGUGUCGGGAGAGGGUACGAAAGACUCCGGGGGAGAUUCGCCAAUUAGGGUGCGCUCCCAAUCCUGUUGUGAGGGCCUGGACAGAAACUACCCCCACACCCCCAGUUUAAAGUCAAAUAGAAGCAGUUUACGAGACGUUGGAGUCACGUGUUCUGUCGUAACGCGGGAAGUCGGAGUCUCGCCUCAGCGACCAAGGCUACGCAACGCUAUGACCAGUACACGCACCGCCCUUCGACGUCUGAGUUUCAGCGGCGUAAAGAUCGAGGAAAUUUCACCUGAUGACACCCACAUCUUACCAGCUCUUGUCCGCCCUUUGAGUCAUGUGCAAACAAAACUUUUCAAACACUCUCCAGUAAAUACCAUCAACAUCGAACCUCUUCUUAAGACGGCCAUCACAAAGACGUCUGCCACCAACACUGAACUUCUGAAAGACCAGGUGUAUUCAGAUGUCGAAAUGGAUCACAGUAUCAACAGAGCGAUUCAGAUGUACAAAAGAACUUUCAAAACUACGAUACACGGUGAGAACACUCGGGACAUAGGAGUUCAAAUCGAAACGGCGCCAAAAAUUGCGCCUGUUUUGAUGAUUGUAGAGCGACGCGACAUUGCUGUCCAGUCCGAAUAUUAUCACUGCCGUCAAGAAGCCUUUAGCCAGACGGAAGAUUUACCACAGCGACUUGUUGAUAUCGGCGUUUCAGCAAAGCCUCGUUGUGUCGAAACUGCAAUUGAAGUGAGACCCAAAACCAGAGACUUUGGUGUAUCGGGCAGCAACGUCAACGAUGUAAUUUGCGAUAAAUGUAAAGUGAAGAAGAGAAGUAUUGGUGUUGGACACCAGGAUUUUAACAAUCUGUUGCCCAAAGAGAAUGUCUCAGUUUCUCUCAGCAACAUUGGCGUCUUGCAGGACAAGCCGUUGGAAUAUUUGUCACCGACAACCAAGAAAGAAACAGUCUGUAGGUCAGUUGGCUGCGGAACACCUAGUAACAAUGUCGUGUCCCAAGGGACUAGUACGGACGAUCUUUGCAUGGGAAGAAGUCGCGAUUUUGGAGUCAAUACGACGAAAAGGAAAUUAGUGGAUGCAGCAGUUGGAGAUGCCUCAAGACAUAAAAAUUCUGGUUCUGGUGUGUUUGUGUGCGAUAAAUGUGAUGUGACCAUUCAGAAUGUCGCUAAGAAUAUGUUAACGCAAAGUUCAGAUUCGAUGAACCCUAGCCAAAAUGUUGCCAUUGUAGUCACUUCGCCCACGACGAACACUUUGAAAACAAGUCCCAGUGCAACCAUUUCGCGUAUCCCCAGGCUUUCCUCUGUCCGUGGCGCCAUUUUCACAACUGUGUCCACAAGCCCCACAUCUCAAGUAGCAGGGAACGGGAAACGACGUAUUCAAAGGCAGGACACAUACACGAAACUGCAACCCAGCCCUGAGUGCAGACGCAGAGCCGCGACACCGACGCACGGUGAAAACAGGUACGAGACCUCACAACCAUGUCCUGCAGAAAGGCUUUUGGCAAUGCAAGCAAGUGGGUCUCAGAAGUGGGAAGACAAGUGCAUGGCAGAUCGUGGGCAAGACUUGAGUGCUUUAGAGGCAGAAGAGGCCAGGGGAGAGAGUUCAGAAGGGGAGACUCAUGCCAUUAUGGACAAUAGCCUCUUCCAGCCUAUACAGCAUGAUACAAGAAAUAAAACUGAGCCAAGCAAGGAGAUGAAAGCAGCAUUGAAAGUCCUGAAUGACUAUUUAAGGAAAUCUGCUAUCAGCAGUGUUCCGCUUCAUUUAAAAAAUGCCAGCAACAUUGUUCAACAAGAAUGGUUUAAGAUUUCAAGUACAGCUUCUGCAAAUCCUCUAGAUGUGGAAGAUUAUCUUGAUUGCUUUGAGGAGAUGUCUGGUACACUGCUGGAGCAUGUAGUCAAUAUGGUAGACAUGAGUGGAAAUACUGCAAUGCAUUAUGCAGUGUCUCAUGGAAAUUUUGAUGUAGUUUCCAUUCUGUUGGAUUCAAAAGUGUGUAAUAUCAACAGACCAAAUGCUGCCGGCUACACUUGUGUGAUGCUUGUAUCAUUAGCUCAAGUUCGUUCACACACGCAUCAACAGGUGAUCCGGCACUUGUUUCAGCUUGCUGAUGUGAAUGUUCGAGCAAAACAGCAUGGUCAGACAGCCCUGAUGCUAGCUGUCUCCCACGGGCGGUUAGACAUGGUGAGGUUGCUGGUUGAAACUGGGGCAGACAUGAACAUUCAGGAUGAGGAUGGAAGCACGUCACUGAUGUGUGCAGCAGAACAUGGCCACACUGAAAUUGUAAAAUACCUGUUAAGCCAACCCGACUGUGAUGCUUCUAUUACUGAUUGUGAUGACAGUUCAGCAUUAAACAUUGCUAUGGAAGCAGGAAACAGAGACAUAGGGGUUCUUCUUUAUGCUCAUGAGCACUUCUCUCGUGGCAGCUCUCCGUAUACUACACUUCGACAGAGACGCUCCAAAAGUGCCACUCCUACCAAACAAGCAGGCACUCCACCGUCUCCUAGUCCAGUAAGAGAGAAGGUUCCACGCCAUGAACAGGCAAUGUGAACUGAUUCAUGUCAGGACAAGAUCUGUCUCUGCUUCAAUUUCAUAUUGUGUCAUUUUUCUAUUUUUAAACUUAAGAGGACACAAGGAAGCGAACAUGAAAUCUCAUUGUCACACAGAUUCAGUGUCAUUAUUUUAAAUUUUAAUUUUUAAAAUAUCAGUUUAUAUUCUUUAAUUAAUGUCGUCUUCCAUAAUCUGUGCAUACGUAUCCUACAAAUUAUAUUUUAAAUGUUUUUUUUUUUUUUUAUAAAUCAAAUACAUUGGUGAACCUUGCACUUUUGUAAUGUGAAACACUGCAUUAUGCAGUAGAAACUCCUUUUAGCAUUUCUCUUUUAAUGGAUUACCUGCUUUUAUGUAAUAUGUGAUUAUGCAGAUAUAUUUUCAUACAUAAGAUUUGAGGUUUUCUCAGCGGUGAGUAUGAAGAUUUCUGUCUUCUGGGUUGUUGCGCCAUGUAGUAUGGUCGAUGUU